CCCGAAGCACCUCCGGGCCUCGCCGCGUUCCACGGCGGGGAAGGCGGUUGACCCGGCACCGGUACCGGCAAUCGGGCAAUCGCUCAAGCGCAAGCGCCGCAUAUGUGAUAUACAAGCACGUACUUGUACCGGGACUCCUUUCCAACCCCUGGUGAUUUGUGUCUCUGGAACCGCUCAUUGGCGUCUUGCUUUUCUUCCUUUAUUCAGCCCCUCGGCCUUGCUGCGUGGAAGUGGGGAUAGAAAUUCGGCGCGGAGCCAUGGCCUCUGUCCGAUCGGCUCUUGGGGGGAUGCCCCGCAAAACCGCGUUGCUGUCCAGCUAUUACCCCUCCAUCCCCAGACCCAGGACAUAUUUAUCUUUGUCUUCCUCAUUGUCUUCAUCUUCGCCUUGUUCAAGCACCGAGUCUCUCGCAUCUACCCGCAGACCCCGCCAAGUUUCAGCCCAGAGGCGCCAACUAGCCGCAAUGUCAACACAAGCUUCACACCCAGCACUGCUCAUCCCUGGGCCCAUUGAAUUCGAUGAUGCCGUCCUCCAGUCAAUGAGCCACUUCAGCGAAAGCCAUGUCGGCCCUGCCUUCGUGAACACCUUCGGCGAGACCUUGAGCCUGCUUCGCCCGCUCUUCCAGACCACCAACCCUGCUUCCCAGCCUUUCGUCAUCAGCGGCUCCGGUACAUUGGGCUGGGACUUGGUAGCUGCCAAUUUGAUCGAGGCCGGUGAGGAUGCCUUGGUGUUGAGUACCGGCUACUUUGGUGACAGCUUCGCCGACUGCUUGACUACGUAUGGGGCCAAGCCUACCAAGCUGGAGGGGCCAGUUGGCGGACGACCCCAGGUGCCGGAAAUCGAGAAGGCCCUUUCGGAGAAGAAGUAUAAGAUUGUUACCGUCACCCAUGUCGACACUUCCACCGGCGUUGUCAGCGACCUCAAGAGCAUUGUCCAGGCUGUGAGAAAGGUUUCUCCGGAGACGUUGGUUAUCGUGGACGGUGUUUGCAGUGUUGCUUGCGAAGAAAUUGCAUUUGAUGACUGGGAUCUGGACGGUGUUAUCACGGCUCCUCAGAAGGCUAUUGGCUGCCCUGCCGGCUUGUCGAUUUCGAUGUUCAGCGGACGCGCGAUGGAGGUCUUUAAGAACAGAAAGACUCCUCCAGGAUCUUAUUUUGCUUCGUUCAAGAACUGGACACCCAUUAUGCAAAACUACGAGGCUAAGAAGCCCUCAUACUUUGCCACCCCAUCACCGCAGCUUGUACACGCUCUAAAUACUGCCUUGAAGCAAAUUCUAGCCCGUCCAUUGUCGGAACGCUUUCAGAGGCACAAGGAAGUGUCUAACAAGGUAAAGAAGGCGGUUGCCGACCUUGGCUUGAAAAUUGUUGCAACCAAGCCCGAAGAUCAGUCUUCAGCCAUGACGGCCAUUUAUUUGCCCGAUGGCGUUCAGAUUGCAAAUGUUCUGCCUAAGCUGGCCAGCAAGGGCGUCAUUUUCGCAGGUGGCCUGCACAAGGAGAUUGCGACCAAGUACAUUCGGUUUGGACACAUGGGUGUCUCAGUUACGGACCCAACGCGGACGGAUAUCGACAAUGCUCUUGAAGCCCUGAAGACCAGCUUGGCGGAGUGUGGAUAUACAGCCAAGGCUUAGGAUGCUGGAGGGCGGUGGCGCUGGAAUUUAUAAUGGAGGGAUGGACGGGAUGUUUCAAAAGCUAAAGCAUAAGAAGUAAGUAUGGAGGAUGGACGAAAACUACAGUCUAAAAGGAUGAGUGGCGUUGGUGGUGUUCCUAGACGAGAUAGGAGUGCUAGC